AAAUUGCAGUAUUUAAUAGAAGCCCAAUAUUUAUUAAUCAUAAUAAUUACCGCAAGACGAGAUUCGAGAUAAAUGAUUUAUGUACUUCAUGGCCAACUGUAGAGUUUCGAUUUUAGAAAGACUGCGAUCUGGUGGAUCAAUGGGUAUGGUCGAUCGGAGUAGAUCAAAGGCCGCAUUUACGCUAUGGACAAUAGUCAAUAGUUAUAAUAUUACUUAAAAUUCAAUAAAUAAGUCUGGAUCAAUACUUACCUUUGAGUCCGGUCUCGUUCUCUGGCAUUGGCUCCCGUUCUGAUUCUUUUAUGUGUAACGCCGCAGUCAUUUGUUGGUCUGACUUUAACAAUUUAUUAUUAAUCAAAUUAUUAUCUAUGUUUAUAAUUAAUACACAAAUUAUUAUUGUAGUUAAUAUAAUAGACCAAUUUUACUUGAAUCUCCCCGUAUGUAAUUGUCUAAUCCGUCGAUAAGUUCUGUGUUAUUGUGCAUGAUGGAAUCAUCGAUGUUUUCGUCUGAAGCAUCGCUUGCACACUUUAAACUGAAUGAUAAACAGAUUUGUUUUGUAAUAAUAAUGAUAAUAACAAUAAUAAUUGUAGUAAUAUAAUGUGUGUAAUAUAUCUUAUCUAUAGGAAUGGUUUAUUUUAGGAGCGGUUCAAACGAUGCUUAAAUCCUACUGAUGCUAUGUGUCUAUACAGUAGAAAACAAAAUAUAUGUAUAUAUGUAUGGCUCGCUCUCUUAAAAUUGUUUUAAUAAAUCAACCGUUUUGUUAUCGUCGUUGGAAUAAUAACUGCUCCUCGUGUGUGUGUUAUGAGCGUAUAAUUAAUUUUUACAACAUUGAAUAUAAAAAUAAGUAAAUCACAUAUAUAAUUGCACUGUGGUACACGUAAACAUAAUAACAAAAAUGUUUUUCUGACUAAUUGGUGUUGUGUCAUUAUUUGAUUAUAUCUAUUCACUAUACAGUUUCUUGUUACACAUUGCAUUUAAUAUAAUAUAUACCCACCCAUUUACGGUCACCUGAUACCGUUUUGAAGCCGUUCAAAUGCCCGUGUAUUUCUGGAGAGAAUACACCACCAAAGCUUAGUGUACUCAUAUAAUAAUAAUAAUACUACGAAGCCGAGUAGAGCUUUUGAAAAAUACUACUACAAAGUGCUUUUUUUUUUUGAAAAAUGGAAAAUCAACCAGGUCCUAGUGCACCGUCUAAACCUGAGCCCACCGUGGUCAUCCAAAAACCGUUGUACAAUUCAUCCAUUUCACCGGGUAUAUUAGCUAUACUAUCGUUAUUGCCGUGUAUUUUGUCAGGAGCCAUUUUGGGAUUCACCGGUGUCACACUUUCGGAAUUGCCAAUUUCUUACAGUAAUAAAACAUGGUUCGCAAGUCUCGCCGCCCUAGGAGCUGCUGGAGGAUGCCUUGUGUGCCACAGCAUGAUCAACGCGUUCGGACCUCGAGGCACCACUGUCCUCAGUCACGUAGUCGGCAUAAUCGGCUGGAUCCUAACCAUCAGCAGUUUGACUACGGUCAAUUUCCUCAUAGGCCGCUUUCUAACCGGAUGCUUUGUGGGCAUCACGUCGAUAUCCGUCAGCGCGUAUUGUACCGAGUGUUUUCCCAAACGUCUUUCGGCCCGACCCGUCGUUUACACGGCACUGGGCGUGUUGAGCGUCUACUUUGUCGGUUCACUGCUCAACUACAGACAGACGGCCUUGUUGGCGGUAGUCGGCACGGCCGUGUCGUUUGUGCUGGUCAGAACGUACGUGCCGGAAAGCCCGGCUUGGUUGGAGUCUCGCGGUAGAAUGGGCGACGCCGAGUACUCCAAGCUGAAACUCAAAAUUACUGAAACGCCGGCGGCGGUCGCAGACUCCAACGACCAGCCCGGACUGAAUUUUGUCCGGAACCUAAGGCAGCCCAAUGUGUACAAACCGUUCAUGGCGUUGUGUCUGCACCUGACCCUCCAACAGUUGUCCGGUCCGUUGGCCGUCCUGUCGUACGCCGUUGACGUCGUCGGUGAUUCGGGCGUGAGAAUACUGAACUCUUACUUUAUCGUCAUCGUGCUGUCCGCGUUCAUGGUGAUGGGAGCUUUGAUAUCGACCGCCAUGGACCAUCGGGAAUCCACUACCAUACUGUCCUCGACGGGCAUCCUGAUAUCCGGCGCCGUCAUCGGCUCGUACAACUUGAUCAGGCGUCUAGUGCUCAACCGGUUUGGCGCGCAGCUGUUGAGCUUCGUACCGUUGCUGGGCAUGUUGUUGUUGGUCACGUCGUGUUGCGUGGCGCUCGUGCCCACCCUGCCGACCAACAACACCAAAGGCGAACACGUCGCGUUGGGUUUCAGCUAUCUCGUCGGGUUUGCAGUCGUCAAGUGUUAUCCGUACGCGCACGCCUAUCUGGGUUGGUGGAUAUUCGUGUUCUUCGCGUUUAUGGCCGCUCUGAACAUCAUAACGAACGUGCUGUUGUUUUCCGAACAAAAAAAGAAAGUUCAGCCAACAGCUGACAUCGACACUAGACCGUCCGUUUAAAUUGAACAACAAUGCGCAUUACAAUCAUAGUUUUUAAUGCACUUUUUAUACAUGAUAUUCCUUUUCCCAUACAUGUUAUAAUUUUUUACUCUUAAACUAUAUUGUUUGUAUAAACGUGUAAUUAUAUUAUUUGCAUUUUUCGCUGUUCGUUGUAAAAUAUAAUAAAAGUGUUUUUUUUUUACUAUAUUAAAAUAGCAAAAUCUAGCUUGCUCUUUUAAAAUUAAUUAUUAUUGUUGUGCUGUGCAACAAAGGCAAUAAUAAAAUGUUAGUGCCUUACAUUUUACAGUACUAAACUGAACUGGUAUCGAAAAAACAAUGACUAAUGUAUCUUUACACUAAUCAAUCGUAUAAAAAUUAUUAUUUUUUUAUUAUUAGAAAUUAGCAUUUAUUUAUCAAGUUAUUAUGAAUUAUGAUUAUUCAAAUAUACAUUCUGAAAAUUGAAAUAUUUGUUAUAACUUAAACAAUAUCAAACAGUUUGUAUCCAAGGCAAGAGUAGUACGGAAUAUUAUAUUUGAAGGUUUGGUCCAAAUAAAACAUGCUAUUGAUCACUUUUUCGGUUUUUAUUUUUUUACGGAUUAUUGUGCUCCAAACCAAAUCAUAACACUUCCCAGAAUUUUCUUAUCGCACAUAAUUAACGUGCAUAGGCAUGAAACUAUUAAUAAAAGUUUUGGCACUAUUUGGACUAAACUUUCAACUGUAGAGUUGGUAAAUAUAUUAAAAAUGUUGAUACAUUUAAAAUUUAAUAUUUUUAUUUAUAUUUAGACAUAUAUACUAAAUAACAUUUGUUUA